UGGAUCUUUCUUGAACCUUAACGAUUGCAAACUUAACCACAGAGAAACACCUCUGGGCAGCUGAAGAGGUAAGAAGAGCUACGCUUUUGUUAUGCUAAUAUCUUCUAUUACUUUUAUUAUGCAUUAUACAGUGUUGCCGGAAGUUGGUUAAAUCGACACCGACUUCGUCAUCACAAAACGAAAGUGUCAUGGAGGAAUUAGACGAAAACGCUCGUAAUAAGGAAAAGUCGUUGGCAAAAAACAGUAAAACUGAGGACGGUGAAAACAUGAGAACACAGAUUCACAAGCCCUGUUCCCAGGGCAAGCAAGACACAUCCACCGCUGUUUCCACCACGGAGUACUGCGAACAAUUACAGGAGUGGAUGUGGCAGUACUACUACAGCUAUAUGAACUGGCAGAGCUGGAUAGCGAUGUCUGCGUUUCCCUUUCCACCGUGUUUCCCAACACAAGGAACAAAUGAAACGCCCGGGGCGACCACAUGGGGUGCAGAUGUGUCUAAUGGAGACCUUCGCAAUUGGUUCAGCAGCAGCCCGUUUGGUUUUCCGGCUGCAGCAGCGAGCGGACAGAGUCCUCGAGCUCCGGCCACAGCAGCUGCGCAGCUGCCUCAACAACAGCAGCCGAAUGGAAACGCUCAACAGCCAGGUAGGGAAUAUUCUAUUCCCUCCCCCCUCCAACGAUUCUUGGCAGAAAUGGUGGAUUUCUUUAUUCUUUUUUUCAUUAAAGCUAUGAUUAUCCUCAGUAUUGUCCACUUGAGUGGAAUGAAGGACAUCUCAAAGUUUGCCAUGCACUUCAUUGUAGAGGAGAUUGAUGAGGACACAUCGAUGGAGGAGCUGCAGAAGAUGAUGCUUGUGGCUCUAGUGUACAGGUUAUUAGUUUGCUUUUAUGAGAUCAUAUGUAUUUGGGGAGCUGGUGGGGCUACACCAGGGAAGUUCCUCAUUGGCUUACGAGUGGUCACAUGUGACAGCUCCGUCCUGGUUCAGCCGAACCGCGUUCUUGUGGUUCCAGCGACUAACGUCACACUUUCUGCGUCGACAGUGAGAGCAUUAAACAAGAACUUCUCCAUCGCUUUCUUCUUUCCGGCGUUCAUCACGCUUCUGUUCUUUCAGCACAACAGGACUGUGUAUGACAUUGUGGCCGGCACCAUCGUGGUCAAGAGAAACAGGCUUAGAUGACUGUCACUGAAGUCGAUACCAACCUGAAAUUGUAAUGCAAAAACAAGCUUAUAGACAAAUGAGAGCGAACCAGCUGCAGUGACACAUGCUGAACUGAACUAAAGCUAUUGGCCUCUCGAAGAACUGUCACUUUAAGAGCUGAACACGGUAUUUCCAGUAUUUCUCACCCAUCUUCAUUGGACACCUAGACUUAUAAGCAUGAACUGCUUUCUCAGAAGUAUUUUUUUAAUAAUCUGUGGUGACAUCUUUGAAUCUUUUUCUUGUGCCAAAAUAAGAUAAUUUAUUAAUCUGCCUCACAAUACUUGAACUUCCUCUGGUACAUGCAUUUCAUCUCUGUCUCUGUCUGUUUGUUAUAGUAUUUGACU